AUGGCGCAUCGUCGUGAAAGCACGAACGUUCUCCCGAGCUCUAGGGCUGGCAUGGUUGCAUCACCCAGUCGACGCGACGUUCUACGACACGAGAGUCCCCGCUACUACCGGAAGCCAGUUCGUGUGGCACGGACUGUCCAGCGGAUACCAGUGACACAGCGAAAUCUCAGUGACCAGGGCCGGCCACCGGUGGAGGCCAUCAUCGGAGAACCCGUCCUCUCCGAGAGGACAGUCUAA